CAGUGGCGCCUCUUCUUCUCCGGAUUAUACCCCGUUGAGUUCCGUGACUUUUUCAUGGGCGACAUGCUCUGUUCUCAAACAUAUAGCAUGGGUGUAAGUGGGGUUGAAUCAUCCUACCGGAAAAUACUAAUAAAACCCAGAAUAUCGAGCUCUUCUUCUGCCUUUACGCGCAGGAUUGGGACGAGCCGCCGAUGUGCAACUCGAACCACUCACGACUCCUUGGGUUCUUCACUACCUUGCCUGGCAUCUGGCGCGCGCUUCAAUGCCUUCGUCGUUAUAAAGAUACCCGUAACGUCUUCCCACACCUAGUGAAUUUCGGCAAAUAUACGUUCACGAUCCUGCAAUACAUGUCCUUGAGUCUAUAUCGCAUAGAUAGAUCCACAGGAUACCUAGCGCUCUUCAUCGCCGUGUCUUCUAUCAAUAGUAUAUAUUGCAGCAUCUGGGACCUGGCAAUGGAUUGGAGUAAGUCUUCCACACCAACAGAUGGCACCAUGCUUACCAAACCAGGCCUCCUCGACCCCUACGCCCCCAACCGCUUCCUCCGAAAAACCCUCGGAUACCGCCAACCCUGGAUCUAUUACACCGCCAUGCUCCUCGACCCCAUCCUCCGCUUCAAUUGGAUCUUUUAUGUCAUCUUCUCCUCCGACCUCCAACACUCCGCCCUCCUCUCCUUCGUCCUCUCCCUCUCCGAGAUCCUCCGCCGCGGCAUGUGGACCCUCUUCCGCGUCGAAAACGAACACUGCACCAACGUUGGCCGCUUCCGCGCCUCGCGCGACGUGCCCUUACCGUUCUCCCUGCCCGACUCGUCGGCCACGUCGCUGCUGGGUGGGCCGGACGCUCAGGCUGAAGCGGCGGCGCAGGAGCCGGGCCGACCGGCGACUGGGGAACCGGAGGAACCGAUUGCGCUGGAUCGUACACAUACCGCGACGGGAGUUGAUGUUGAACAGGCUGACAUGAACCCGGUGCGUCGUCAUGCGCGGAGCUUCGCGACGCACCCGAGCCCGAUGGUAAGGGGGUUGUCGACCAUGGCGGUGCAUAUGCAUGAGGCGCAUGCGCAGGACUUCGAGAGGAAGAAGGUGCAGGAUACUGGGGAGGAGGAGGCGAGCUCGGAUGAAGAUGGUGUGGAGGAGGAUGAGGAGGGUGGUUUGGAUGGGAAAUGCUAAGGAUGAAGAGAUACUGUCGGGGGAGAGAGCAGGGAGCCUAAAGGAAAAGAGCAGCGCGUUUUCGAUUUCCAACGCC